CCCAGUGGCAGUGGCACAGCCCAUGAAGAGGAUGUGAGGCGGUAGCAGGCUGCUGUGGAACGGAACCAGCUGAGUGACAAGCUGCUAGAAUGCUACGUGUUCUUCAGGCAUUGUCGACGCGCGCGUGCGUCAGAGACACACCUGAGGCGGCGCGUUCAGCGCCUGGAGCGUGCAGCAGCCGCUGCUUCCUGUCCCUCCAGCCCACUCCAUACAGGUAGCAGCAACAUCUGGUUUUAAUGAAACAUGGACCAUCCAGACUAUGGAUAUGCUCGAGAACUUUAUAGUCGGUAUGUCCGAAACCAGGACAGUUCAGUUGUAAACAAAAUGCAACAAAGAUACUGGAAGACGAAGCAAACAUUCAUUAAAGUGACUGGAAAGAAAGAAGAUGAGCAUGUUGUUGCAUCAGAUGCUGACCUUGACUCUAAAUUAGAGAUAUUCCAUUCCAUCCAGAGAACAUGUAUGGAACUUCUGAAGAUCAUUGAACAGUACCAGAAACGGAUUUGUUUUUUGUCUCAGGAAGAAAAUGAAUUGGGACGAUUUCUCAGAUCACAGGGUUCACAGGAUAAAACCAGAGCUGGGAAAAUGAUGCAGGCAUCUGGAAAAGCACUAUGUUUCUCUUCGCAACAAAGGUUGGCACUUCGCAGUCCUUUAUGUCGGCUGUACCAGGAGGUUGAAACUUUUAGGUACCGUGCCAUUUCUGACACUUGGUUGACUGUGAACCGUAUGGAACAGUCUCGCACAGAAUAUCGGGGAGCGUUGCUAUGGAUGAAAGAUGUUUCUCAGGAAUUGGAUCCUGAUAUGUACAAGCAUCUUGAAAAGUUUAGGAAGGUCCAGGGCCAAGUUCGUCAUGCAAAGAUUCACUUUGACAAGCUAAAGAAUGAUGUGUGCCAGAAAGUGGACCUUCUAGGAGCAAGCCGAUGCAAUCUUCUUUCUCAUAUUUUAGCAACAUAUCAGACAACAUUACUCCAUUUCUGGGAAAAGACCUCUCAUACGAUGGCUGCUAUUCAUGAAAGUUUCAAAGGCUAUCAGCCAUAUGAAUUUGCAAUGUUGAAGGUUUUGCAAGGACCUGUAAACAAAUUGAUAGAGCAAGCAUCACAGGAAGACAAUGAUGCAAAGGUUGAUGUGGUAAAGGAUGCAUCUGAGAAGAAUAAUGAACUUAUCUCAUUAGAAGAAGAAAAGGAGGACAAAGAAUCUAACAAUUCAGAUACUCCUCUUUCCCUUGUAAUGGAAAAAGAUGCCUUUUCAUCUUUAGAGCCAAUGUCUUCAAGCAAUCAACAUAAAUCAGUGUCUAUAGAUGAUUUGUUAGAUUUGAAAAAGGAAGAAAAAGAAUCUCUGUCUCUGAGUGCUUCAACAGAUCUGUUGACCAAUCCCAUGGAAUCUCGACCAAAUGAGAAGGAUGAAAUGGCAUUACUGAAUGAAAUUCUAAAUGGCACUGCACUUGAGGAAGGUGACUUUAGCAAGGAAUGGCAAGCAGUAUUUGGAGAAGAUCUCAGUUUACCUAGCAAUCCAGCAGCUGGAGAAUCAGACCAAUCACCUUCUCCUUCAGGCUUCCUUCCUUCUCAGUUGUUUGACAAAAGCUUGGGUGAUGCAUCAUUUUCAGUUACCAGUUGGGCAGCAGCUGGUGGUAAUACUCAGCCUACAUCCCAAACAACAGAACAAAUAAAUGGAUUGAACGAAAACAUCAAUAAGAAUCCACUCAAAGCUGCUCAGAAAACCCCAACUGACCUGUCUACAUGGCUUAACCUUUUUGCUGAUUUGGACCCAUUAUCAAACCCAGAUGCUAUUGGACGAACUGACAAACAACAUGAACUCCUUAAUGCAUGACACCCCUAAAUAACCAAUGUCUGUAAUCAUGACUAUAAUAUUGCAAUCUUUAGUAAAUCUAUUGACUGUUGAGUACUAGAGCCUAAUUUUCUAAUAUUUCAGUCAGAGUGGAAACUGCUAAGAAAAUGUUCAGCAUUUUUAUCAGCACAGGAACUGAAAAUCUGUUAAAAACUAAAUCUGUAAGUGUUGAUGUCUUGUUGCCAAAAAAGAGAGUAAAGAGAGUAGUUAAAAGUGUUUUUAUUCAGUCUAAAUAAGCAUGCUUUGUUCAUUUUAUUUCCGACAACAGUAAACCUGCUAAGUUUGUAAAAAAUGCAGAGAUGUAAUGAGGCCAUUUACCAAUUAAGCUCACCAUUUCCUUGAGGUAACUCAGUGAGCUUUAUUGUUCAUUUCUGAAAAAAAUUACAAGGUAGCAGCACUUACAACACCAGUCUCAGAAUCAAUAUCAAUACGCACAGAAUCAACACUGAUAGAAAUUGAAUAUGUUGUCAAAAUUGGUGUGGAACCAGUUCAACAUUGCUUUCCAAACGUUGGCCAAUUUCUGAGUCACAGGAUAAAGAUUGGAUUUUUCAUCUUUGAUUUCUUUCAAUAUCAUUAUAUUUGCCACAGUUUAUUUGAUGAGUGCCACAUACAUGCUCAGGAGCAAUUCCCGAUACAAAAAUUUCUCUGCCUGGCAAAGGUUAUAUCAUAACUUUUUUCAGUGUGGGAUGUGUGGUAGAAACUUAUGAUACUUAUUUUCCAGGCAACUAACAAGGGAAACAUAAAGAAAUGUUAGUUGCAAUGUUCUGUAGCCACUCAGCAAUUGGAUAUUGGCAUCACAGUAUUGAUGUAAUUGGCUUUGCAGGCUUUCCUGAUGGCUUUCUAAAACAAGUGUUGAUCCCUUUCCAUGUAUAAAUCAUGAGCCUCGUGGAUGGAGCUUCUUGAGAAAUUGAUUAUCACUCAGGAGAACAGGUGACAAUUCACUCUUGAUUCUUCACUGCCCUAUGUGAUCACCGACAAAAUCUAAGUAUUUUUAAUUGUUCCUUUACCCAUUCAUCAUAGCACGCUUCCAAAGGCAAGUGGUCAAAUAUUACUUCCUUCAAAUACGUAAAACUGUAUGUGGAGACAUGAAAGACCACCCACCAAAAUUAUAAAAACUAGGCUAGAGAUCAAAUUUCAGGGUAACUUUAGCUUUCCUGGCUUUGUCAGUGUGCUGCCAGGGAUUAAACAUAUGCCAUUGCAAAUUAGAAUUCCAGGGGUCUUGCCAAGGUUUCAUGAAAUGGUAGGAGAGACAAAUAACACUAAAGUAGAGAAUAGUAAGUAAAUAAGUGGAAUUAGAGCAAGUAAGAAAGUAAUGAAGUUUAAAUCAGUGUUACAGUGCAUGUAUGUGGAUGCAUGGAGUAUAGUUAAUAAAACGGGAUUUACAGGCACAGAUUACCUUGUGAGAUUAUGAUGUUUUGGCAAUAACAGACACUUGUCUUAAGGAAGAACAGAUCUGGGUUUUAAGUAUUCCUGGUUACAGUGUGUUUGGAAAGCUGGGAAAUGGAAGGAAGAGGAAGCAGUGAUUCUGGUUAAGAAGAGCAUUGCACAACUGGAGAUAGGGGAUGUUUCAGAUGGUUCAAAGAACAAAUUGAUUUGGUUAGAGCUAAGGAAUAAGAAGAGUGGCAAUUGCUCGGUGUAAUAUAUAGACCACCAGCUAGUGGGAAGGAUAUAGAGGAACAAAUCUGCAAAGAUUAAACAUUAUAUAGUAGUUUCCAAUGUGGGACUUGAAUUACUUGUAUAUUGACUAGAAUGAUGAUAAUAUCAGGGUCGAUGAAGGACAAGCAUUCCUAGAUUGUGUUCAAGAGAAUUUUGUCCAGCAGUAUAUGUCCAGUCCAACAGGAAAAGAGACACUGCUGGACCUGGUUCUUAGGAAUGACUUGGCCAAGUAGAUCAAGUCACUGUGAAUGAACAUUUAGUAGGACAGUGAACAUUGAAUCAUAAGGUUUAGAACGGUAGUAGAAAACUACAUUAGUCAGGCCAGAGAGAGAAUGAUCCACUAGUGGAGAGUCAACAUCCAUUUGAGUAAGAGCAAGCUGGGUCAGCUAGACUUAAAGCAAAGGUUAGGAAAUGCAGGAGCUGAACAAUGGACUACUUACAAAGAACACAUUAUUCAGGCAGAGUUAAGGUAUAUUCCCUCAAAAGGAAAAAAGUAGGACAAAUAAAUCCAGAGUUCGCUGAAUGAUAUAGAAAUUAAGUUAAAGAAAAAAAGUGUGCUUAUGAUGGGCAUCAGGUAGUAAGUACAGUUGAGAACCAACCUGAAUCCGUAAAGGAGGUGAAAAAGCAAAUAAGAAAUGCAAAAAGGGAUUUUUUUUUUUAAAAAAAAGGGCUGGAAGCUAACAUAAAAAGAAAUCCAAAAGUCAUUUAUAAGUACGUUAAUAGUUAAAAGGGUGGUCAGGGUUAAAAGGGUGAUUGGGGACCAAAAAGGGAAUUUACACAGAAGCAGAACACAUAGCUGAACAGUUAAUGGAGUACUUUGGAUCUGUCUUUAUCUAUGAGGUAGAUGCUGCCUAGGCCGUAGUGACAGAGGAGGAAACACAAUCACUAAAAUGCUUUAAAAUUGAUAGGGAUGAGGUAUAGGAAAGCUGUCAGUAUUUAAAGUUGAUAAUUCAUUAGAACCAAAUGAGAUGUAUCCUUGGAUUGAAGAAAGUGAGAGGGAAAAUUGCAGAAGUGCUGGCCAUAAUCUUUCAAUCGUCUAUGGUUUUGAGGAUGGUGGUGGAGGUUUGGAGAACCUCACAUAAUUACACCCUUGUUCAAAAAGGUUGUGCAGAUUGACCUGUAACUGCUGGGCUAAUCAGUUCAAUUUUGAUGAUGGGGCAACUUAAGUAGUAGGCACAUGGAAAAAUGCAGAUCAAUUCAGAAAACUUGGCAUGGAUUUGUUAAGGGAAAAUCAUGUCUAAUUAACAAGUUUGAGGAUUUUUUUUGAAGUACUAACAUAGAGGGUUGAUGAGGGGAACAUUAUGGAUGGACUUCUGCAAGAUGUUUGAUGCAGUGCCACAACAUUAGGUGGAAAAUAUAGCUCAGGAAUAAAAGGGACAGUGGCAAUAUGGAUAUAAAGCUGGCUAAGGGAUAGGAAAGAGUAAUUAUUAUUAUUUUUUGAGUUGUUGGAUUUGUAGUAGCAUUCCCAAAGGGUUGAUGUUGAGACCCUUUAUUUAUAUGCAUCAAGAUCUUGUUGUGUGGGGAAAAAUUUCAAAAUUUACAGAUGGCAAAACUUGGGAGAAUUGUAAACUGUGAGGUGAACAGUACAGAACUUCAAAAGGACAUUGAUAUGUUGGUGAAGUGGGUGGAUUGGUGACAGAUGGUGUUUAAUGUGGAGAAGUGUGAGGUAAUGUACUUUGGUCUUUGGUACAAAGAACAUGGAGAGCCAACGUAAAAUAAAGGAACUAGUCUAAAGGGUGUGCAGGAACAGUGUGUCCUGGAUGUGUAUGUACAAACAUUCAACGUGGCAAAAUAGAUAGAAAGAGCUGUUAAUAAAGCAUACAGUAUUUUAGGCUUUGUGAAUAGGUGUGUAGUUUACAGGUGCAAGGCUGAACUUAUCCAAGACAUUAGUUCUCAGCUGGUGUACUGUGUGUACAACUCUGGGUGCCACACAACAGGAAGAAUGUGAAUGCAUUGUAGAGGGUGCAGAAGAGGGUUUACAAGAAUAGUUCCUGGAAUGAGACACUUCAAUUAUGAGAAAAGUGUGGAGAAGCUGGGACUGUUUGCAAUGGAGAGGAGAAGGGUGAGGGGGAUUUGUUAGAAGGUUUCAAAAUUGAGGUGUCAGGUCUGUAGAUAUGGAGAGAUUGUUCCCACUUAUAAAAGGAUUGCGAACCAGAGGGCACAGUUUGAAAGAGUUUUGCAGAAGAAGCAAAUGCAAGGUAUGAAAAAAAAACUUUUUCACACAGAAAGUAGUAAGGCCUAGAAUUGCACAGCCUGGAAUUGUGGUGGAGACAGGUUCAAUGGAGGCAUCCCACAGGAAAUUGGAAUUAUUUAAAGAAAAACAAUGUGCAGGGAUAUAGGAAAAUGCAGGAGAUUGGCACUAAGUUAAAAUGCUCAGAGAGCCAGUGCAGUCAAGAUGGACUGAGUGGCCUCCUUCUGUACUGCAAUGAUUCUGUAAGUCUACAACACCUGGAAAUUAUCAUUUCAGUUGAUCCAAUCCACUCCAACACGUUUUUUUUAAGUAUUAGAACCAUGCAUAAAAUGUGUUCUCAGCAGUGUGCUGUACAAGUUAGGCAUAACUUAUUUUCACUUAUAAACUGAUGUCCUUGAAAUGAAUUGUAUCAUGUGAUUCAGCUAUCGUUCAGCAACUAAUUCCAUUUUGGAAUUUGAAAUUGGUCCAAGUAAAUGGUGUUUUUUUUUACUAUAAACUAAUUUUACUACAUCAUUUUAGUGUGAACGAUUAGUAAUAUACAAAUUAAUAUGUUUCUGAUAUUCGUAUUGUGUAGCACAUUUCUUAGCCUCAAAUUUUAUUCUUGCUUAAACUUGCAUCAUAGAUGAAUCUAUGCGAGAAUAACACAGCACAGAUGGAAUCCAUUCAAUUAUCAUGCCUGUACCACCUCUUUCAUAGAGCUCUACAGUUAUUCCCACUCUCCUGCUCUUUCCCCAGGAGAAUAUUUUCUUUUCAAGUACAUAUCCAAUUAUUUUUGGAUGUUGCCAAUUAAUCUGCUUUCACCAUUCUUACACGCAGUGAAUUCCAGAUCAUAACAAUUUCUGCAUGCAAAUAAAUUCUCAUUUCCCUUCCGGUUCUUCUAUUAUCUUACAUUUGUGUCCUUUGAUUACAUACACAUGUGCCAGUUUCUUCUUCUUUACCCUAUCAAAAUCUUUAAGCAUUUUGAAAAUUUCUAUUGAAUUUCCCUCUAUCUGUUUUAAACAGAACAAUUCCACCUCCUGUAUUCUAUCCACAUAAUUUAAAUAUAACAUUCCAAGUACCAUUCUAGUAAACCUCCUGUGCCCCUUAUUUAAGGCCCUGGCAUUCUUUAUAAAAUAUGAUCCUCUGAACAGUAGAGUGGUCAAGCUGAGGUCUGUAAUUACAACAAGAUUUAUAUAACUUUUUUUUUGGUCUAUUCCUUUAUUUAUAAUGCAAAGGAUCUUUCAUGCCUUUUUACAGCUUUCUUAACUGUCCUGCAACAUUCAAAACUUUAUUGACUGUUCUUGCACACUUUUAAAAUUGUACGUUGUUUAUAUUGCCCAUUCUUUAUCCUUUCUACCAAAGUGCACCACUUCACACUUAAAGUGAACAUGAUAAUAGUUGGAUGAGUUAUGAGUGAAUUCAGGGCUGUAGAAUGAGGUUCAACUUAAAAGUAUUGUUAAGAAUGGUGAUUGCAGUUAAUGGAUAAUUUUCAUGUAGGAUUUAAUGUAAUUGCAGAGAAUUGUCACCAUGUUAAUGGGAUGGUAUUUUUGUUCUUAGGCAAUUGUUAUUUUGUAAUGUUACACUUGGAUAAUGUGAACCAUUAUUAAGAUUUUUUUUCAGACCUAUGUGACAACUUGCAGAUAUUCAAAAGGAUUGCUGAAUACAUCUCUACAGUUAAUAAAUGACAAUUAAUUGAAUGAUGACAGACUUAAAGUUUGAAACACUUCCUCAAAGUAGAAUUUCCUGUAUAUAUUUUUAAACUCAUUAACAACUACUAUCACUAUGUAAAAGUACACUUCAAAUUCCAUCCAUUACAGGUCCACUAUUUAUUUGGAUUGUUAUGUGGAGCUAAAAGAGAAUAUCUUCUAUUCAGGAAACAGUUUAUUGGCCAUAGUUUAUUAGAACACAAAAUGUUCUUUAGUGUCCUACACAAUUGACAGAUCAUAGACUCCAAGGCACUCACUGACUAAUAACAUGUAAAUAUUGCAGACCACACAGCUAUUCAAUCACUAUCCAAUGUAUGCAAAAUCCUGGCCAAUAUGUCAAUGGUAAUAACGCAAAAUUGUCAGUGUUCAGUGGCAUUUCUCCACUGAAACUUUUAAAAAUGUUUCAUGAAACAUGAGCAUUGCUGGCAAGACCACAUUUGUUGCCCAUCCCAAACUGCCCUUAAGAUGGCAGUGACCCACCUUAAACCAUGUGAUAUAUAUGCAUUGAUGGUACUGAGGGAAGUAAGUUCCAGGCUUCUGAAUCAGCAGCAAUGAAGGAACAGCAAUAUAUUUCCAAGUCACCAUUGCGUGGAGCUUGCAGGUGGUGAUGUUUCCAUCAUAAGAUAGAUUCUGAAAGAAUUAAAUCCAGCAGCUUCUGUCUCCAGAAAAAUAUGAAAACAUCUCUCAACACCUUUAAAUCACCAUGUCAGUGAAGCGUGAAGGCAGGCCAAAUUCAGCCUGGAUCCACAAGAGUCAUCCACCUGCAAGAACUGUAUAAAUUUAAUCUGCACUCUCCUUCAAAAUAUUACAUAAUGUAUUCAUCCCAAUCUGCAACUACUGGUGUGUGUGUGUAAAUUUAGAAUGUGUGUUUGUAAGCUUAAAUUGGUUUAUUAUUUUUAUUUAGACUGGAUUAAGCACAAUCAAUAGAAUCCUUUCUCCUUUUUAAGUGAUUUUCGGAAAA